AUGCCCGCCGUCUUAUUACCAAGAACGGCAGCACCUUUCGCUGAACGUUCAGCACCGACAAUCGUUCUCGACACAGUUGUCAACCCAUGGUUAACACAGACAUUGAAGAGAGUCAACAAGCACAAGAGACCGUUGAACAGCGUUCCACAACACUUGAAAUGUCUGACAGAGAUUCUUUCUGGCCCAAAUGCGAUAUGGAACCUUUGCAGCCUUUGCGUUCCCAGGCUUCCUGAAGCACAGAUCGAACAUCAAUCAAACCCCAUUACCGAUGCUCUUCUUCGAUAUCAAUUCAUUCACCUACAAGCCUAUGUUGUUUCCAUCGACAUGGUUCAGAACCACCAGAUUGCCUUCAAGCUAACAAAAGAGUCAAUCAAGAGCUUGGUCGACUAUCACAAGGAUGUGUAUAUGGUUGACCAAGUUGCCAAUACAUGGCACUGGGCUGAGAAGGACGCAGCAGUGAAGAAGAUGCAUGAAGAAUUUGUCCAGAAGGUUAACAAGUACGUCUUCCAGACGGACAAGAUUGCUUUGGAAGGUAUUGAGGAUGACGGCGCCGGUGAACUCCUCUGCGGGCAGAGUGAGGAAGUCAGGAAUGCUAUCAGUGAAUGUUUCGGAACCCUGAUGCCACCUCCACCAAAGGUUCCUGAGCCUAGAGCACAAACACCAACACUCGCUAGCACUCCCGCUCCAAUGGGUUGGUGGCCACCUACUGCUCCCUCUGAUCAUCCAAUGGCUCCAGUCGAACCAUGGAAGGUUCUUCCGUCAAACAACCCAGCCCAAUUUACUCAGGGUAUGAACUCCAUGGCACCUGAGAACCUUCCUACGUGGAGUUUCGAUGGUCUCGAUGACGGUAACGCUCUUGCCUUUGGCACUGCUUUCAUGGAUGAUAACUCAGUAAUGGCCACCACUGGUGCCUAUACUGCCUCCUUGACAGCUUCGUCAGACUGGUGGUCGCCUCAAGGUUCCCCAGUUUCCCCGCACGAGCAAGCUGAGCACCUUCCCUUCAUGCCAACCACCACUGGUUAUGAAAUGCCCUCAUCCAUGCCAGCCAUGUUUUCCGCCCAGCCCUGCAGCACGGCUUUGAACUACGGCGGCUUCGGUUGGGAUAACUCCAACCGAUACAUGGACUUCGCCGCCAUAUGA